CUAUAUAAGUCAAGGUGGAGACUGUUCCAAUGUGCCUUGAAUAUUAUUUGUCUCCUUUUUUUGUAAAUGGUAUUCAUACUGUUUACAGAUUUCUUAAUUUGAUCUUUACUUGGAACUUCUGAAGAAGAAAAAUAAUCUUUACUCUGAGAGUAGACAUGGUAGGUAAAGCUCUUUUGCUAUAGGAAGCAAACAAUCCCAAAGCCAUGGAAGGGGGUCAAAGCAGCACAACCAAGAAAUAAAAUGAUUUUACGUCAGGUUUCUCUCUUUAAUGGCACUGUGUCAUUGCAGAUUACAAAUCUGCCGAGGAACAGUGAAAAAUCUUAUAAACAACAGCCUAGUAAACAGUUGCCUAAGUGCAACAAAAGCAUUCAACAUGUGGCCGCCAUAUCGAUGAUUUUAUCCUUCAAUGUCAAUGCUGUCUGCAGUUCAAGCUGGAUCGCCCUGCCAAAUUUGUCUUCCUGCAACGAUUAAGCUAACCACACUCUGGCCUGAUCAAUUCAGCUUAGGACGUCAAAGACAAUUAAUUAGCUGCCAAAGGCAUCAGCAUGUUCAUGCAAACAUGGCAUAACGACUGUACUAAUCCGCUAGCAUCAGCAUCCCGAUUAGAUAGGCUUCCUCUGUGCGGGUUGGUAGGGAGAGUCAUCAGGAGGAGGCCUUCCUUGUUGCACAAGGCAUCGUGAGCCACGAAGAAGUAAGAGGAAUCGUCUUCGCAAACUCCAAGGAUUUGGUGUUGGAACUUGGAUUCUUGGGCGCAGGUCGAGGGCAAGACUUCGUUCGGCAAAUACUGAACGCAUAGGUCUUGAUGUUUGACCGCCAGCCACCGGGGCACUUUGGAAUUGGGGCACAUCAACUGAGUUCACUCUUUGAAGGAACACGUAGAUCCUCUGAUUCUUCUACCUCCAGUAUAAUUAACUCGAGGUAAAGCCUAAGAAGUAAAUGAAGACAGAGGAGGGAGGAGGGCUUGCUGUUUGUAUGGCAUGACUCAGCGUGAACGUUUAACUCCAUGCAAUAAUUGUAACACAUGCCCCCUCCAUGCCUGUUUCUUUCUUUCGACUGGCUGUAGAACAGGUGAACAGGAAAAAGGUUUGUCAGGGCGCUUAGCCUUACACAACUUAGCUCCCCUUUUUCCCUUCACAUUCAUUGUUCUCUUUGGAAUCCAUGUCAGGAAUUGAAUGGUUGGAAUGCUCCAAACCAAAUCAGUCGCCUGCUGCACUUGUCUGCAAGUACUGACAGGCCUGCAGCUGUCUUCCAGCUUUUUGGGUUGUGCUUUCGCUUUAGAGUCCGCAUACACGUCCCCGUAUUGCCCGGCCUUCCAUCACCUCCUCCCCUACCUUUAUUUCUUUGCUUAUUCUGCUUUUGCAAGGUCUUUUCUGCUACUGCACGGCUCUCUUGGUUUGAAUCCCCAUCCACGAGCUUGAGCUGUUUUGAUCUUGGAUUGCUAUUGAUCUAUCUAUUCCUGGAUACCAUGUCUACUUUUUGAUUCUUUUGAUGCUCUUUAAUCAGUUUUACUAGAUAAGGUUUCCCGGAGUGGCCUGUUAGAUCUUGUGUUGCUGUUGGUCUCUCUGUUCCUGGAUACUGCGUGUACUUCCAGUGUCCUGCUUGUGAACUCCCUACUCAAUUCGUUCUCGUCUGUCCUCAUUCCUUGCCCACCCCCCCUACUGCCAUCUCCUCUUCUGGUUGUGGUUCCCUUGCUCUGGCCAACUCCAUGAUGGCAUUCACGGAGGGGAAUAUCUACUCAUCGUUAUGUUAUGUGAUGGACUCUUGAUGAGACAAGCAAACAAGACCGGACUGACAGAGAGAGGUGUAGGUGGGUGUAAGAGACGAGAGUGAAAGGGAAGGGUGGAAAGAGAAGUGAAGAGAGGAGAGCACAAAGGAGAGGUAGAGGCCUUUGAGAGGCAGCCUUCAUGGACUGGGAUCUUAAAAUGCCUCCAUGGAACCUGGAAGAAUUGGGCCGUGAUGCCGAGCUGAGUAUCGGCUCGGUGGUGGUCGGGUCGACCGGCGGCGGCACGUGCCAGUCGAGUGGGCUGGACUGCUCGGUCGAUCUGAAGCUCGGGGGACUGGGAGAUUUUGGGUCAUCAACCGAGUGGAACUCCCAUCCUGCUGCGUCGAUGGCGAUGGCAUCUCAAUCGGCUCCGUCGAAGAGGCCGCGGGCCCCGGCCCACGGCGUUUCGUGCCUGGUCGACGGGUGCAACGCUGAUCUUAGCAAGUGCAGGGAGUAUCACCGGCGCCAUAAGGUCUGCGAGGCGCACUCCAAGACUCCGAUGGUGGUGCUCCGCGGCCAGCAGCAGCGCUUCUGCCAGCAGUGCAGCAGAUUUCAUUUGCUAGAGGAAUUUGACGAGGUAAAACGAAGUUGCAGGAAACGUCUUGAUGGGCACAACCGACGCCGAAGGAAACCCCAGCCAAGUUCUGUAAAUUCAGGGAUCAUAUUUCCAGGUCAUCAAGUGACAGGUUUUUCUGCAUGUCCUCAAAUAUUUCGAACUGCUGAACUGGAAUCCAACUGGACUAGAAUGGUGAAAACCGAGGACGCUACCCCAUAUACUCCUUCACAAUUCAUCAACCAUCAACAUUUUCCCAGAUCCUCUUACAACUUUAGCAAAGGAAGAAACCAAAUUCCUUUUAUUCAGGAUACUAAGACUGCCAUGGAUAUCAAAUCCACACUACAAACUUCUGUAGGUCAAUUGAAUCCAAGGACAACUGCUCCCUCCGGAAGCAGUGGUGGCAGCAGCAGCAGCAAGAUGUUCAACAAUGGGCUAACCCAGGUCUUUGACUCCGAUUGUGCUCUCUCUCUUCUGUCAUCGCCGACUCAGACUUCAGAUGUCAGCCUAAGCCAUAUGGUGCCACCAGCUGAUCGGAUCCCCAUGGGUCAGCCUCUCGUAUCAAGUUUACAGUAUGGCAGUCUCAUGCAUCAGUCGCUCUUGCAGGCACCUGACAAUGUGACACCAACUGGAUUCUCAUGUGCAGGGAUGGAGGAUCAGCAUACCGGGACCUUUUUGGUUCCUGAUCAUGCUAAUGAUGUUGAGAUCAACUGCCAGAAUAUAUAUCAUGGUGGCGGUGAAGGUUCUUCAGAUGCAACAUGCCAGACUCUUCUGUUCUCUUGGCCUUAGUAGCAUGCUGCUCUAACAAGCCACCGCUUAACUCAGUUCAAUUCUCCUAUUGCAUAACUUUGAUCUUUUAAAGAUCCAGAGAUCUCUCGGCUUUUCCUUUUUACUGAGAUGAAGAUGCACUAUCUUGUCUUAAAACUUCUACAGCCUUCAUUUUCAUUACAUGUUGUUAUACUUGUUGAAAAUUAUGUAAUGCUUCUGAUACUACCACCUGGCCAUUCUGAUCAAGUCAUUCAUAGACAGGAUGCAUGUUGACAUGAUGAUCUGAAAUGAUUACCAAGCAAACCAAUUCUUAA